CAGGGAGGUUUCUUUGUGGGGGCGGGGGAAGCGUAGCCGCGGCGGUGAUCGUGGGGCGGCUGAUAGAGCGCGGGGCAGGCCGUGGCCGCUGUCCCUCCGCCUGGCAGAGUUCAAGACUACGAGCACAUGGUCUGUGAAGGGAAGGAGUUCUGCAUGAAUGGCCUUGGAUGUGGGAAAAUCAGAUUCUGAAGCCUCACUGAAUGUGAAGGCCAAGUCCUAUGGUAGGUGGAACUACACAGAACUAGAGACCGACUGCCCUGAGCUAGGUAGCUGUGUGCAUCACCUUUUAGAAGCAAAGGAAGUGAAUUCAUCCCCAAAAGGAACUGAGGAUGUGGCAAUGGAUGGAACAGGCCACAGAGUAACUGGUGUCUCCCAGAGAAAGCCCAGCUGCUGUAAAGUAUCUUUAACACCUUCUUCCAGGUUUUCCAGAGCAAAAGCAAAAACAACAUACGUGGAGAGGCAGCCAUUAACUGAUUGCUAUCAUGAAUGGUUCUAUUUACCCCGUCGCUUUAGCAGAACACUUUCCCACCCCGGAGGGCAGCAGUGUUUUGAGCAGAUGAAAAUGGUGGAAUGUCCUGGCUGUAAGGAGCACCUUCUGAAUGCUCCUGAGCAUCAGCCAACGCUUCGGAGCUCAGCAAUGGAUGCCAACAUUUACAUCUCCAGUUCUGAGUCCCUUCCUGCCCUAAAUGCUGACCGAGGGAGCCAGUCCUCACUUUCCCUUUCUUCAACCACUUCGAAGUCUUUGCCUAACAGAACGCUCCCCAGUUUUGAUACAGUAAUCCCAACGUUUUCCAGAUCGAGCCUUUCCACGCCACCUUCAGAAGACGACGACUUUGAACAGCAGGAGAUAAGAUCAAGAAGCUUACCAGCUCGAAGGGUUUUUUCUUCAUCUGAAGUCUUCCCCUCUCGGUAUCUGCACAGUCGCUCUACUCCAGUAGAAGAUCCCAUGAUCAGCACAUGCAGGCCGUUAAAUCCUCUCUUUGAUGACUGCGGAGCUGUGGAACAAGAAAAAAAGAGGUCGUCCUUUCAGGCUGAUUACUGGGCAUGUGCAAUACCUGAUUCUUUACCCCCGUCUCCGGACCGGCAGUCUCCACACUGGAACCCUAAUAAAGAAUACGAGGACUUGCUUGAUUACACUUACCCUUUGAAGCCAAAAUACAAGCUUGCGAAGAACAUCAGGUCUGUGAUGCCUGAUCCCUUCUUCCAUGACUCUGGUAUAGACCUUGACAGCUUUUCUGUUUCACCUGAGAGCACUUUGAAGUGUAUCAGUGCACCCGGUCAAAAUCAACGUGUUUCAGGGAGCAACGUAAGCCAGAGUAAGGAGUGUGGGAUCUCAGCAGAAAGAUUUUCAACUCCCUUGUCUAAGAAGCCAGGGUAUUUAGGAGCAGUUCCUUACUAUGGACCUUCACCUAUCACAAAAGUGUCCUUUGCAGAAUGUGUUGCUACUGCCACCAAAGCAGAUCCAGUUAGAGGGUUUGCAAACAGCUUGCUUACUUCUAAGUGUGCUGGACUGAGUUCAUGUGAUCCGACUCACGUAGAUGGGAGAGGCUGGGGGAGUAGAGGAGAUGAAGACUUUUCAAAGUGUCAGGUAAAGAAAAAGGGUGCCAGUCAUUUUGUACCCACCACGCCAAUACUGCCACUGAAAAAAGCAUGGGAGAAUGAUGAAGAAUUUCUUUCCCUGCCUCCCAGAAUCAAGGAGUUAGAAGGUUUGGCUCAAUAUUUGUCUGAUCUUUCGCUGACUAAAGGGAGACCUGGGCAUGACCAGGUGCAACAAGACCUUCCAUGCUACAGUGGCAGCAGAAGGCAGCUUUUAUCUGACUUUGUUGAAGAUCAAGGCAGCAUAAAGAACAAAUAUGGAAUUCAGGGCAGUGAGGAUUGUGUUCUGUGUCAUGCAUGCAGCUCUCAAAAGCCCUCUACAGAAAAUAUUAACCCGAGUAGCCAGGACCACAGGGAAUCGGUAAGCAGAUUGGGAAUGCCCUCCAUCAGGGACAUGCUAGAUGGGAGAUACCUAGGUGCACUGGAGAGUGAAGGGCAGGAUCUAACAAAAGGGAAGGACCAACAGAAAGAGUCACUUGCACAAUGUAUUAAGAUAUUUUGCUGUCAGCUAGAAGAGCUAAUUCAUUGGCUGUAUAAAGUAGCAGACGUUACAGACAACUGGAUUCCACCCGAACCAGACGUUGAAAGUGUGAAGACCUCCUUACAUCGUUACCUGCAAUUCAAGAAAGAUGUAGCUGAUCACCAGGCGCUGACAGAGAGCGUGUUACAAAGGGGUGAAACCCUCCUGAAAUGCAUGGCAUCGAAUUCACCAGUUUUAAAGGACACCCUUGGAUUGAUUGCAAAACAAUCAGAAGAACUUGAAAGCCAUGCAGAACGUUUGUACGAAUCGGUUUUGGCAGCUACGGAUACCAUUGGGAGUGACAGCCUGAUAAAGGACAGUGACACACAACAAACGGUUGCCCAGGCAAAAGAAGCCAAGUGGUUGCAAACAGGAACUUGCUUCCUUGAAAGCUGUUACAGAACAAGAACCACGCCCGUGACUUAGCAAGGAACAAGUGAUAAAAGUAAUACCUCUAGCAGAGAUGGAAUUUGUCAGCCAAUCUUUGGAGGCAUGAAGGAUGAGAUGCAGCAAGGCACUCUAAGCAAUAACAUUUUCAACUUUUAUAGAAAUGGCCAAGUGAAAUUGAUCACUGUGACUUGGCAAUACUGGGAUGGUUUUCAUCAGUUUGUGAAGUAAGAGCUGUUGGUUACUGUGUUUUUAUUUAAACUAGUCCUGCAGUUCAAGUUGUUGUUGUAGCAGGUAUUCAGAUGUUCUUCAACCAAGCGCUGAUAUUGUCAGUUGCUUUUCCCUUUGGAAGUUGCUUGUUCCAUUUAACAGUGUGUAAUUGUCAGGAACCACCACUUUUUAAAAUGAGUAUUCCAAACACAGAACCCACAUAACUUGUGAUACUUCAUUUCAAGUAAAGCUGUGUGGUUUAUUUCAUUGUUGCAUUUAUUUUUUUACUUUAAAAUUUGGCACUGGGAUUUACUGGUAGUAGGACCCUCUUCAGCUCUCUCCUGUUUCUCAGGAUCAUACUAAAACACUCUAGUUCCUAUUUCUCUGAUCAACCACUGAAGCAAAUGUAGUUUGUGUGUUGUGUCUGAUGCUAAAAGGUCAAAAGUCCUUUGCUAAGUGACACGUAGUUAAAUAUGCUAAAAGCUUUAAGUAGUUCUUCCAGCUCUGCUAAUCUUAAUGCAAAUUGAUGUUUAUAAAACACCAUGACAUGAGGGCUAGUGUCUCAGCUGUUAAUUAACCAACCAUUGCACUGAUUUCCCUUCAGCAAUUUAUGAUGCUUCUCUCUUUUUCUUUGAAAGUUGCAAUGGUUGAUCGGAGUUUAUUUACUUCAAUUAAGAAAAGUCAAGUGCUGUUCAGUUUAAUCAUUGCACCUCAUCUAGUAAGGGGGAGAACCUAGGCCCUACUGGACACUUACUGACUUUUUUAGUGCAUUGCUAUCAUAUGGAGAUGCUUUUCCGCUCCUUCCACUGUAACUGGCUGCUGAGAACCAAGCUACCUGCAAAUGUGUAUUCAAAAACAAUUGUUUCUCUAAAGGCUGCUUCGGUGCACUGUACCAUGAAAUAGUCUCCUGUUUAUCAACUUUACUGAGCUAACAUGGAAUUGACAAGAAGCAGGUGCAGAUAUCAAGAUUGAGUAAUCCUUAUGCUACUCUUAGCAGUGGCAUGAAGUAAAGAGGAUGGCAUGUGGUGACCACCUUAAAUGAUAUGAUUACAGAUCUUUUCAGUUACCCUAUAAGAGGAGAAUACUUUAAAAAUAUGAAAAAACCAAUGUAAUGAAGAGAUCACUAAACAUCAGAGGGUAGAUUUUGUACUAUGCCCCCUAAGCAGCAAGGAGGGUGGAUAGUAGUGAAUUUAAAAUGCUUUUGCUUUACCUGGAUUCUAGACUAGGGUACCUCAGCACAAGUUAAAGCAUCCUUAGGGCCUGUUCAAACUAUAACUCUCUCUAUAGCUGCCCCUUG